AUGUCGGGAAAAGAUGCUGAUCGUGAUAGUUUCACGGGAAUGGAAGCUAAUGGGCCGGCGCUGGCCCAACCGACAGACCACAGUGACGUGAUCGUCCCGGCGAAUGCUCAGAGGCAGCUUCUUCAACUCAACUCGACAGAAGGAUUCUUUGCGCAGCUCACGAGCAAUCCAUUUUUCACAGCAGGCUUUGGUCUUGCGGGCCUUGGGGCUGGACUUACUCUUGCCCAGCGCGGUAUUCGACAUGGCGCCGUUCUUCUCCGCAAGCGCAUGCUAGUUGAGGUGGAAAUAAAUAUCAAGGACGACUCUUAUGCGUGGUUUCUGCAUUGGAUGACCCUAUACCAACGGAGGCAGCUUCACGGGGCACAGAACACAACCAAAUCGGGUGUCGUUGACUCCAUCCUGCGGAGACUGACUCCGGGAAUGCGACAGUUGUCGAUUCAGACGCAGAAAGUGGAACAUCCCAAUGGUGCGAUACAUACACAAUUUGCGCUGAUACCUGGACCGGGAAAGCAUGUGCUCCGGUAUAAAACUGCCUUCAUCUUUGUCAAUCGAGUUCGAGAGGCCAAAUCAAGAGAUCACCAGACCGGCCGUCCUUGGGAAACGGUUACCUUGACUACCCUGUAUUCACAGAGACAUAUUUUUGAGGACCUAUUUAAGGAGGCACACGAGUAUGCUGCAAGGUCACAGGAAGGCAGAACCGUCAUUUACAAUUCUUGGGGGACUGAAUGGAGACAAUUUGGCCAAUCUCGCCGCAAAAGACCGCUGGAAUCUGUUAUUUUGGACAAGGGAGUUAAAGAACGGAUCGUUGCUGACGUGAAGGAUUUCCUUGAGAGCGAAUCCUGGUACUAUGAUCGUGGAAUCCCCUACCGGCGGGGUUAUCUUCUGCAUGGGCCACCAGGCAGCGGCAAGAGCUCCUUCAUUCAAGCCCUCGCUGGCGAGCUGGAUUACGACAUAGCCAUCCUUAACCUGAGCGAGAGAGGUUUAACCGACGAUCGCCUGAAUCAUCUACUCACCAUCAUCCCCCCCCGCGCUCUUGUCUUAUUGGAGGAUGUAGAUGCUGCCUUUGGGAACCGGCGCGUGCAGUCUGAUGCUGAUGGAUACCGGGGAGCCAAUGUAACCUUCUCGGGACUCCUUAAUGCACUUGACGGUGUGGCUAGCGCUGAAGAACGGAUAAUUUUCCUGACGACAAACCACGUUGAGAGGCUUGACGAGGCGCUUGUCCGACCCGGUCGUGUUGACAUGACCGUUAGGCUUGGCGAAGCUACGAGAUAUCAGGUAGCAAAGCUUUGGGAACGGUUUUACGGCGAUUUUGACGAGUCAGGUGUCUAUCAGGCUAAAUUUUUGGACAAGCUAUAUAACUUGGGUAUUGUCGAGGAUGAAAACAACCACAGGCUUGCUCCUAAGAAAGUCACCAGUGCUGCAGCUCUACAGGGACUCUUCCUAUACAACAAGAGUGACAUGGAGGGUGCUAUAAGGAUGGCGGAUGAACUUGUGUCUGAGGAAUAG